ACUUCCUGUGACGGGGCUACGUCACUUCCGCCGAAGCUCGGCGUUCGGUCGGCGGGGAGUCACGCGCGUUCAACAUGCGGAUUGAGAAGUGUUAUUUCUGUUCGGGGCCCAUCUACCCAGGCCACGGCAUGAUGUUCGUCCGCAACGACUGCAAGGUGUUCAGAUUCUGUAAAUCCAAGUGUCACAAAAACUUCAAAAAGAAACGCAAUCCUCGCAAGGUCAGAUGGACUAAAGCAUUCCGGAAAGCAGCUGGUAAAGAGCUCACAGUGGAUAAUUCAUUUGAAUUUGAAAAACGUAGAAAUGAACCCGUCAAAUACCAACGAGAGCUAUGGAAUAAAACUAUUGAUGCAAUGAAGAGAGUUGAAGAGAUCAAACAGAAACGCCAAGCUAAAUUUAUAAUGAACAGGUUGAAGAAAAAUAAAGAACUACAGAAAGUUCAGGACAUCAAAGAAGUCAAGCAAAACAUCCAUCUUAUCCGUGCCCCUCUUGCAGGCAAAGGAAAGCAGCUGGAAGACAAAAUGGUACAGAAAUUACAAGAGGAUGUGGACAUGGAAGAGGUUUCUUAAUACCCUGUCUGUAACCAUUUCUAUAAUCUCCUUUGGAGAGCUAGAACUUCUAAAUUAUUGAUUUCUUUUUUUACCUAAGGUCACUCAAAGGAAAGGAGAUUAAAAUACUUCUCUCCUACGUUGCUAUCUGCAGAACACCAGAUAUAACGGAUGCUAGAUUGCAUCUCAACGUUAAACCACUGAUAGAUACCCUUUUAUAAAUCAUGAACAUUCUGUUUGUAAAUACAGAGGUGAAUUGUGGACAUAAAAUGGCCAUGCCAUUUGUUUACUGGCACUAGGCAGUAUUUACAUAAUAACUAAUGACAAAUUCAUGGCUAGUGAUAUGUAAAAUAAAAUUUUUUCUGCAGUAAAAUAUUCCCUUUAUUAAUGUUCUAGGAGUACAACAAGGAAGUAACAAUCUAUGUGAUAAGUAGCCUCAAGUAGUAUCUUUUGAUUUCAACAUUUCUGGUUUUGGUUUAUUAGCAUCUUAGAACAUAAUGGCCUAGCAUAUUAUAUUGAAGCCUAAUUAUGGACUGUUUUGACCUGGUUUAACUAUUAUGAUAGGCAUUUGUGGAUAUUGGGGGUGAGAGCUGAAUAGUCUGUUCCUGAAAUAGCGCUGUACUCUAUAAUUUCUGCUUUGGAGAAGACUCAAUUCUAAUUUCAGAUUCUUGGUAGAAAAAGCCUAUUUUUUCGAGCCUAGCAAUGAGUUAGAAUCAGAGGAAUCCAGUACCUAUUAAAAUUUCUUGUUUUCUUAAAAAAAAAAAAACCUCCUAAUUGUUUUUGGAAAAAUUGAACGUAUGGGUAGCAUAUUGUACAUUAUUGGCACAUACUGUAGUUUCUAAAGUAAGUGCCUACAUAUGUAUUAUUUAAAAGUACUAAAUAAAAGGUAUGACUUACUGAUUACUUGAAAGAAAAUUACUUUGCCCACACGUACUACUGAAGUAGGAGAUAUAGUUAAAACUGUGUACUUUAUGGUUCAUGUUUCUAUAUUUUUACGUAAUUUAUGAUUAAGUAUGUUAAGAAUAUUAAGUAACUCAGUUUUAAUGUUUUUAGGAAGAAAAUUUAGAAAAAUUAUACAUUAUAAAAUUAUAAUUACAUAAUAAUGGCAUUAUUUUUAUUUCAGUAUUAGAUUAAAAAAAAUUGAUUGAUUGUUAGACCAAGACCUGAAUUUUAGAAGACCUGAAUUCCAGCUUUGUCUUAUUUUGAAAAGAUGGCUCAUUUGUAAAUGACAUUAUUGAUGUAACAAUUAGGGGAAAUAUGUGUGCAAAGACAUUUGUAAAAUUACUUAAAGUUUUCAUUUUAUACGAUACUCAUGUUUUAAUAUAAAUAUUUUAAAAAUUGUAUACUAUUAGGAAACAAUAGCUCCUCCUGUCCUAGUUAGGGAGCAGCUUGGCUGUUGCUUUGAAAUCAUUAAUUUUGGGAAACUGACUCGAACAAAGAGCUGACAUUGCAUCUCAGACAGUUCUCUUAGCUGUCAGGAUUUCACAGUACUUUGAGAUACCAGCGCUCAUUAUAAAGUUUUUGGAUGCAAAUGCCAUGCUUUUAUCCACCCACAGCUUUCUAAGCUGGUCAGAUCACUGAGGAUGAGUUGCCCCUUGAAAGUGUUGCCUGAGAGGUAGUGUGGCACAGUGCUUUUAGGCUACUGUUGUUUCACCUUGUCUGGUUCAGACCUCUGCUGGCCAUUUAGCAUAACAUAAAAGCAUAAAAUUGUCCAGACACUCUGUAUAGAAUGUAUUCUCUCAGAAUUUUUUUUUAACACAUAUGUCUUAAACCUUGUUAGAGUGCAGCAAAAAAUUCUUACAUUAAAAACAAAAUCUCAUUCCUUAAAAAUAAAAACCCUAGGAAGAUGUUCAUCCUGUAGAUGGGAGUUUGAGAAGGACUAGCCUAUUAUCUGAUGAAGUAGAAGCAUUAUUCCAGUUUUAUAAAUGGAAAAAUACUAGGUGUAAGUAACUAGCCCCUUUAUCGCAUGGAAUAGAAGAUGGAGGAGGCAGGAAUCUGUGUUCUUACCUGUCUGUCUCCAACCUUGCCCUGCAGAUAUGUAGAGGGGAUGUAUGUAGAGUCUCUCAGAUGCAGUCUUCACAAGACCAGGUGAUUGCUGCAGUGCUCACUUGACUAUGCUUUGGUUUCUUCAUCUGAAAAAAAGAAUGGAGACGGUAAUAGGACAAAUCUCAGCCUUUUUAAGAGGUAAGCUAGUGUUAAAAUGUUAGCUAUUAGGAUUGGCUUUGUGACCACACAAAACUUACUAACAGCAAAGGGCUUUGACUUGGGAGAAAGGUGGAGGGUCUUAGGGUUUGGCGCUAGCUGUGCUAAAUUGAGUGCGCUAUACUUAGUUUAUGAAGGAAUGUAUAUAUAGUUUAAAUUGUUAAUUUUAGCCUUUGUAUCAGCUGGAGAGUUCAGUUAUUAAGAGCAUCUUAUCCCUAUUCUCUUGUGAAGAUUGGGAGGAAGAAAUACAUUUCUGGUUCAUCAGCAUUAUUUUAAAAAAUGAGUCAUUGCCCACAAUUUUAAGGGCUAAUUUAUAUGACACAUGGGAAGUAAUUUUUUCCUUUUGUCCUUUAGCUUACAUUUUAAAUGGAGAUUUGGAAAAAGGCAUCAGACUUUAUACUGAGUGAUUAAAUUCUAACAUUGAACGAAGACUACACCUUGUAAAAAUUAACAUGGCAGCCUGCUGAUUUAAGAGUGUUGAAGAAAUAAGGGGAAAAAUAUAUAAAAAAUCAAUUUCAAAGGCUAUAGGAAGAAUUUUCCUAAAGUCUGUAUUCUUUACUGAUACAUAGCAGAAUUAAAAAGGUAACCCACAAGUUGUACCCCGCAUGUCUUUAUACUGAGUGUACCAAUCAGCCGCAUGUCGAUUUGAAUCAUUUUUGUGUCUGUUGAUGAAUUUCUUUUUAAAGGAGAAAUGACUUUUAUGUUGUGAAUGUAACAAUCUAGCUUCUGGUGCCAUGGGAUGAGCCUCUAAGUUAAGCUAUCCUGCUUGAAUACUGUCCCUCGGUUUCCUAUGUUAAUUGAAGCUAUCAUGUAGGGGUUGUAGGUGAUGUUUCUACCACAUGAGCAUCCCUGGGAUAUACCAGAUAUGUGAAUUGAUUCUAUAGGCUCCCAUUGAUUCUGUGGCCUCCCUGUGAUCCUGCCAAUAAAUUCCUUUUACCAAA